AAAAAAAAACACACACACACACACACACACACACACACACACACGCGGGGGGAGAUAACGGUUUUAGGAGAGUUUAGCACGAGCGAAUACACAGAUAUUAUGCUGCACCGAGGAGAGGCAGGGACUCUAACGUGGAGCUGCUCGCCAUGCCAGCUUUCGGACUGCUAUUAGGAGACGACAUGUCGCGGCGUUAAGUGAUAUUUUAAAAAAUAACACCGGCGUUUAUUCGUUUACUCGUUUUUUGUUUUUGUUUUUUUUUUACAUGCUGACCGUCUAAAUUGGAUACCGAAGGGGGGCGGGAGAGCGAGCAACAAGUGGAGUUUGGCGUUGGAGAGGCCGAAAUUUCACCGCCGUCACCAGCUAUGGAAGAGCAAAAGGAGCCCAACAGCAGCCGGGACUCGACCGAGGAGGAGAGCAUGUCCCUGUCACCGAACCUCCCAUCCCCUCCUAUGAUUUUACCCCACCAGGCCGCCCAGCAGGCCCACAGAACCACGAACUUUUUCAUAGACAACAUCCUCCGGCCGGACUUCGGUUGCAGGAAAGAGCCGAGCUACCGCGACCGGAGCCAGACGCCGGGCAGAGAAAACGUCAACCCGCUUGGAGCGAGGCCGCCGCCGCCGCACACCGGCAGCCUCUGCCUGGACUCCAACUGCAGCAGCGACAGCACCUCGUCGUCUCCGUCCUCCUCCUCUUCCUCGUCGUCGUCCACGUCCUCGUCGCCGUCGUCCAAGCAGAGCUCGACGAAACAGGGAGAACCGGCGGGCAACGGGACCGGUAGAUACGCCGACAGCCCUUCGUCAAUAAUGGUUAUGAGUGGCAGCAAUGGAGGCUCUCCGCCCACGAAAGAAAGCCAGCCGCUGUUGUGGCCCGCUUGGGUUUACUGUACGCGUUACUCGGACCGGCCCUCAUCUGUUUCCACACCAGGCCCAAGGACACGGAAACUGAAAAAGAAGAAGAGCACCAAGGAGGACAAGCGGCCCAGGACUGCGUUCACGGCCGAGCAGCUGCAGAGACUGAAAAACGAGUUCCAGGCCAACCGGUACAUAACGGAGCAGCGGAGACAGUCUCUUGCCCAGGAACUCAACCUGAACGAGUCCCAAAUAAAAAUCUGGUUCCAGAAUAAGAGGGCCAAGAUUAAAAAAGCCACCGGCUACAAGAACGGCUUGGCCCUGCAGCUCAUGGCUCAAGGACUGUACAACCACUCAACGACCACCGUGCAGGAGGACAAGGAGGACAGCGAAUGAGAGAGAGAGGGGCCCCGGACACUUUCCCCUGCUGAGGGGCCGCUCACCUUUUGACUUUUGGAGAUAAUGAAAAAAAAAAGAAAAAAGAAAAAAAAAAGUGGAAGUGGGGAAACGCUAUUUAAAAAACACAGAUUUCUGUUUAUGGUAACAGUAUAUGGACAUAAUUAUAUAAACGAACGAUCGUUAUUAAAGUUUAUAUAGCCACACAGUUAUCAUGUUGUAUACAGUAUAUUUCAUUUCAGGCUCAUCCCUCAUCCGGAUCCUUUCAGUCUGUUCUCGUUGUUUUUUAGAUGUCCAAUUGGCUCUUUAGGUUUUUUGUGGUCCCCCCCCUCCUCCUCUUCCUCUUCCUCCACCUCUUCCUCCACCUCCCCCAUAGUUGCGCCACAUUUUUCCUCCCAACACAUCAGACUCAAACAAGCCAAAGAUUUUAAUAUGUUCACAUGUAGUCUGAAAUAAAGAGAGAGAGAGAGCGAGAACGGGA